UUAAUAUCAAGAACACAGAGAGAGAGAGAGAGAGAGAGAGAGAGAGAUUGGCGGUGACGAAGACGACUGCUGAAGAAGUGAAAGAAGGAACCAUGUCGUCCGAUAACGAAGAUACAACGUCGAGUUCAGAGUCUGAAGGAGCAGACUCUGUAAAAGAGAACGCUACAUUGGAAUUUAUAGAGAAUCUCUCAGAUGUGCCGAUGGGGCGACUACCUUCAAACAUUGAAUUCCAGAGGACGCGCGUCGAUUGCAAGGCUGAUGCUCCCAUUCAUACUGAUACCUUUCAGUAUUCUGGUGCUUAUUCAUCAAUGAGAGUUGAAAAUAGUUUUUUGGAUAACUUCUGUGACAACUUUAGAGUUGAAGUUAUUCGUCUUACAGAGGAUGAAAUGGAGUUUGAUAUGAUCGGCAUUGAUCCAGCACUUGCCAAUGCAUUCCGGAGAAUCCUCAUAUCUGAGGUUCCCACAAUGGCUAUUGAAAAAGUCCUUAUUGCAAACAACACAUCAGUAAUCCAAGAUGAAGUACUUGCCCACAGGUUGGGUCUCAUUCCGAUCAAAGCCGACCCUAGAUUAUUUGAAUAUGCAGAAAAUAAUACGGCAAGUGAAAAGAACACCAUUGUUUUUAAGCUCCAUGUUUGCUGUGAACGAAGUGGGCAACGUCUUUCAGUAAAGUCAAAAGAAUUGAUAUGGUUGCCAAAUGGGAGUGAGUUUCCUUUGGAAUCACAAGAUUCAAAGACAGGUUCAUCCUCAAAACCAAAAACAUAUACAUCAUUUACUUGCAGCCAGGAUUCCUUGCCAGAAUUUUCCAGCAAUCCAAUCGCCCCCGCGCUUGGAGAUAUUCUUAUUGCUAGACUGGGCCCUGGUCAGGAAAUUGAACUGGAAGCACAUGCUGUUAAGGGCAUUGGUAAAACACAUUCAAAAUGGUCCCCAGUUACCCCUGUUUGGUAUAAGAUGCUUCCUGAGAUUGUACUAUUGGAAGAUAUUGAAGAUCAGCAGGCUGAGAAACUUGUGGCAAUAUGCCCAGUUAAAGUAUUUGAUAUUGAAGAUAUUGGCAAAGGUAAAAAGAGGGCUACUGUAGCCAGACCACGAGCUUGCACAUUGUGCAGGGAAUGCAUCAGAGAAGGGAAGGGAUGGGAGAAUGCAAUAUCGUUACAGCGUAAGAAGGAUCAUUUCAUUUUUACUAUUGAAUCAAGUGGGGUAUUUCCUCCCGAAGUGUUAGUUACUGAAGCUGUGAAGAUAUUGGAAGAGAAGUGCGAUCGUGUUAUUUCCGAUCUUUCUUGAUGCUCUGUUGUAUUUUUUUUUUUUUUUUUUUUUUUGUGUAGAAAGGAAAUUAAGCAAAAGAGAACAGUAGAACACCUGAUUAAUUAUACGAUGUAUGUUUAUUGAGAGAUCGUGUGUCCGCAUCAUGGUCAGUUUUUUUUUUUCAAUAUUCUCUGUUGAGUUUAUUCCAGGUGUGGUUGCUCUUUUUGUUAGAAAAAAAGAAUGAAUUUACCAACUUUGGAA